UAGAAAUGAAUGAGGAUGCUGCAGUCGGGGUAGGCGUCGGGUUAGGAGUAGUUAUACUGGCUCUGGUCUUCGUGAUCAUAGCACUGGUCAGACGUCUGACGAUGAAGGGAGGUGACACAACAAAGUCUACACAUAUGACAGAUAUUUCAUCGUCGAGAACUGCAAAUGAGCUAAAUGAAGACCAAGAUGAUAACUAUGACGACAUAGCAAAUUACAACCAGGAACAAAUCAUUGUGCAGAUCUCCAACACAGAGGGAAGUUAUGAACAGCUUGGACGUAGGGAGGUGGAAAUUCCACAUAUAUAUGAGACUAUAAACGUUGACAGGAAAAGACGAUGCACCUUGUAAACUGGACAAAAUGUUACCUUACCACAUAAAG